AUGUGCGAGAUCUUUGAUAUAACAUUUCUCACUUCCAUAUUAGAUUGCGACCAAGACCGCACAGUCGAAGAUUGUAUUAACUCGAUAGGAUUUGGCAAGUAUCAAAUUCGACUAUUAUUAUUGGCAGGAUGCGAUACGCUCGUUGAUGCCAUGGAAGUCAUGUUAUUAGCCAUUAUUGGACCUGUACUUCUAUGUGAAUGGUCUCUAUCGCCAUGGCAAGAAGCUUUCAUGACAACGUUCGUUUUUAUUGGGAUAGGUAUUGGCGCACUCUUUUGGGGUUGGAUAUGUGAUAUCUAUGGCCGUAAAUUGGGUGUACUCUCAGCAGCUAUCCUAACAUUCUACUACGGGUUUCUGUGUUCUUUUUCUCCAAGUUAUUUCUGGAUUAUUUGUACAAGAGCAUUAACUGGAUUCAGUUUAUCGGGAUCUACUCAAAUGGUGACAAUUCUUAGUGAAUUUUUGCCGACGCCCAUUAGAGCUCGAGCUGUCAUCUUUCUCUCGGUAUUUUGGUCAACAGGAGUUACUUUAGAAGUUCUUCUAGCCUAUGCAAUCAUGCCACAUCUUGGUUGGAGGUAUCUGGUGGCAAUUUCUACUUUCCCCUGUAUUUUCUUCUCUUUUUUCUUCAGAUAUCUUCCAGAAUCUCCACGGUAUUUAAUAAAUUCCAGACAAUACGCCAAAGCAGUAGCUACUUUACAGAAUGCAGCAAGAGUGAAUGGUAAGCCAAUUUUGCAGGGAACUAUUAAGCAACCUACAAAGAUGAAUUAUGGAAGACUGCGAAACUUAUUAAUGCCACCGUAUAGAAAAACAACAUUAUUACUUUGGACAAUAUGGUUCUGUACUGGCUUCACAUACUACGGCAUUAUAUUAAUUGCUCCACUGGUGUAUUCUACUGAUCACUGUGGUAAUUUAUCUAUCAAACUACUCUUCCUUGUACAAUCCAAGUGUGAUUGUAAAGUCUUAACCACAGCUGAUUAUGGACAACUUUUAAUUACGACCCUCGCAGAAUUUCUAGGCACAUUUCUAUCCUUUGCUUUAAUUGAAAGACUAGGAAGGAAAAAAUUACUAGCCUUGGAAUGUUUAAUAUCGGCGGUAUUAUUUUUUGUCUUGAUUGUCUGCAAUAUGACAAUUCAAACGAAGACUAUCAUAAUGUUCAUAAACAGAGCUAUGCUGGUAGGAGAGUAUCAAGUCAUCACUCUAUACACACCUGAGAUAUAUCCAACUAGCUCUCGAGCAAGUGGUUUAGGCUUCUGUAGCGGUUUUUCUCGACUCAGCGCCAUGGUUACACCGUUUAUUGCGCAGAUUGUCUUUACAAAAACGAAGGCUUUAGCUUUAUCCAUCUAUGGACUAGUGUCACUUUUGAGUGCUGCAUGUUCAAUUAUGCUACCUAUCGAAACUAAAGGACGCACAAUGCAGGUAAAAUUAGACUUUAAAUGA